AACAUCAAUCUUUCAUUAAAUUUGUUAUCCAUCAUCAUGGCAUUUUUAGGCCAAAUUGUCUGGCAUAGUUUAUUGUCCAAGCCGGAGUGUAGCAAUCGCCAAAGCGUUCCACCAUUAAAAGCUCAAAAUGCAGCAAUUGGAAAGACAUACGAACAAAAAUUCAAGCUAGGAUGUAUCAGGAGCAAAAAGAGGUCCUUGGUCACGCUUUCAAUGCUCAAUCCUGAUACUUGCACAGGUUCAUUUUCCGCAUCUAACACAAUUAGAAAGUACUACUCUAGCUUAAACAACAAGGACUUGAACCAACUGGCACUGCUCAUAUCUGAAGAUUGUUUCUUUGAUGAUUUCUCCUUUCCUCAAUCAUUUCAAGGGAGAAAGGAGAUUUUAAAAAUUCUGGAGCAACUAAUCGCGAGCAUGAACACAGAGUUCAGCAUAGACAACAUUUAUGAAGGUGUUGAUCUUACAGCAAUAGUAAACUGGCAUUUAGAGUGGAGGAAGAAGGAACUUCCUUUUACUAGAGGUUGCAGCUACUAUGAAUUAUCAAGAGAUGGAGAAGAACUACUCAUUAAGAAUGCUCAAGUUAUUACUGACUCAUCUAUGAAACCGAUAUUUUUGGCACUGUACAAGAUCGUAACUUCAGCAUUUGAUUACUUCCCAGAAGCAGCUGAGAGAUUUCGAAAGAGCCACCAAAUGACGUAUCAACUGUUAGCAAAUGCUUACAAGAUUGUGUUUUACCCAUUCAUAAGUCCAAUUCUUGCAUGGUAUAAAAAGUUAUGGAGCUUCACAGUCACCCUUCUUAGAUUCACCAACAAAUUAGUGCAGUUCAUUAUAAAAAGUUUCAGCAAAUAGAACAUAGUUACAGAGCAAGUUCAAGAUUCUCCUCAUUGAUUUGGCUUUUAUCAGCAUGAUCAUUUCCUAGGGGUCAUUGUAUCAAUAUAUCUUUAAACUUCGGUUAGCAGUUGUUA